CAAAUUUCGUUUGAAAGCUCUUCCCCGUCCUCCAAAAGCCUUUCACAGAAAUAUCUCAACCCAGCAACCUCAAGUUUCUCAUUUUCCUUACAAGAACAGAGCCAUGCCAUGAAAUCUAUCUAAAGAAAGAUAGAAUUUUUCCUUUUCCUCUUAGGAGAAACAAAAUGGUUGAAAGAGAAAGCACCUCACUUGUGCCAGAAUCAGCUGUGUCAAUCGCCAUAGCCAAUUACUUCUUCGAACUGUCGUGUAUCUCCAUGAGGAAAAUGUUUGGGCGACUGUAAGCCCCAUUUGUUCACCUUCAAGCUUGUUUCUUUCCUGAUUGGAAAUUAAACAAGCAAUUGUCGUGCAUAAAAACCAAUCUCUCUCCGAUUUAUUGAGGUAUUGUUAUGCUUGUUCUUCAGUUCUUUAUGAACCUUUAAUGGCUGUGUUCGUUAUUUGCUCUUCAAGUAUGUGUUGCAGCACUGUCAAUUAUAGCUAUGCGUUCAUUCAAGAUAAUUGGUUACCCGCUUUAGUUGAUAAUAAUGUGUCAUUCGGAGGUAAGGAAGUUGGAAAUUUUAAAGUCUUGACAUCUGGUUCUAAUGGAAAUUGGAAGAAAUCCAGGAGAAAGAAAGUGGGUUUUUGUGGGGUUGUUAUGAAAGGUAAUCAUGAGCUUGUGGUGGUAAAGAGGAAGCCAAAAAAUGCCUUAUCAUCUGAGGAUGUUAUGGCUGUGCUUAACUCGAUUUCAGACCCAAGUGAUGCUUUUUCAUACUUUAAAUCAGUUGCUAAGUUGCCCUUUGCUGUUCACACCACUGAAACAUGUAAUCACAUGCUUGAAGUCUUGAGGAUUCAUAAGAGGGUAGAAGAUAUGGCUGUUGUGUUCCAGUUGAUGCAAAAGCAAAUUAUAAGGAGAGAUUUGAAUACCUAUUUGACUCUCUUUAAGGGGCUUUAUAUUAGAGGUGGGCUUAGGCAAGCACCAUUGGCACUUGAAAAGAUGAGGGAGACGGGGUUUAUUUUGAAUGCUUAUUCAUAUAAUGGGUUGAUCUACUUGUUACUGGAUUCUGGGUUUUGUAGGCAGGCUUUGGAGGUUUAUAGAAUAAUGGUAUCAGAAGGUCUUAAGCCAAGUCUGAAGACUUACUCUGCCUUAAUGGUAGCAACAGGGAAAAGAAGGGAUAUCCAAACUGUUAUGGGAUUGUUGGAAGAGAUGGAGAGUUUGGGGUUGAGGCCAAAUAUCUACACGUACACCAUAUGCAUUAGAGUACUUGGAAGAGCAGGGAAAAUUGAUGAUGCAUUUAGGAUUAUGAAGAGAAUGGAAGAUGACGGAUGUGGUCCUGAUGUAGUUACUUAUACAGUUCUUCUUGAUGCCCUUUGUAGUGCAGGAAAACUCGACAGUGCCAUGGAAUUGUUUGUAAAGAUGAAAGCUAGCAAUCACAAACCUGAUAGGGUAACAUAUAUUACCCUGUUGGACAAAUUCAGUGAUUUUGGUGACUUGGACACAGUGAAAAAAUUUUGGAGUGAAAUGGAAACUGAUGGCUAUGUCCCUGAUGUGGUUGCUUUUACUAUACUUAUCAAUGCAUUAUGCAAAGUUGGGAAAAUUGAUGAAGCAUUUGAUCUGUUGGAUGUCAUGAGAAAGCAAGGGGUGUUGCCAAACCUUCAUACGUACAAUACAUUGAUUUGUGGACUUUUGAAGGUAAGAAAGUUGGACGAUGCUUUAGACCUUUUCAAUAACAUGGAAUCUCUGGGUGUUGAGCCUACUGCUUAUACUUAUAUCCUUUUCAUUGACUACUAUGGAAAGUCUGGGCUAUCUGACAAAGCUCUUGAGACCUUUGAAAUGAUGAGAACUAGGGGAAUUGUUCCUAAUAUUGUUGCUUGCAAUGCAUCUUUGUAUAGUCUUGCUGAAAUGGGUAGACUUGGGGAAGCAAAAGCUAUUUUUAAUGGUCUUAAAAGUAAUGGGCUAGCUCCAGAUUCAGUGACCUAUAACAUGAUGAUGAAGUGCUAUAGCAAGGCAGGGAAAGUGGAUGAAGCAAUUAAGUUACUAUCUGAUAUGUCAAAAAGUCAUUGUGAACCGGAUGUAAUGGUAAUUAAUUCUUUGAUCGAUACACUUUACAAGGCUGGCCGAAUGGAUGAGGCAUGGCAAAUGUUUUGCAGACUGAAUGACAUGAAGCUUGCUCCUACAGUUGUGACCUACAACACAUUAAUUGCUGGAUUAGGGAAAGAGGGCCAGGUACAAAGAGCCAUUGAAUUAUUUGAAAGUAUGACUAUGAAUGGGUGUCCUCCAAACACAAUAACUUUCAAUACACUCCUGGAUUGCCUUUGCAAGAACGAUGAGGUUGAGUUGGCUUUGAAGAUGCUUUACAAAAUGCCAACAAUGAAUUGUACACCUGAUGUUCUGACUUUCAACACUGUCAUUCAUGGGUUCAUUAAAGAAAAACGGGUUACUAUUGCAAUCUGGCUCUUCCAUCAGAUGAAGAAAAUGCUUACCCCUGAUUGUGUAACUUUGUACACCCUCCUUCCUGGUGUUGUAAAGAAUGAGUUGAUAGAUGAAGCUUUCAAGAUUGUUGAGGAAUUUGUUCAUCGGGUUGAAUUUUAUAUAAGCAGGCAAUUUUGGGAAGAGCUAAUGGGUGGAAUUUUGACACAAGCUGGAACAGAAAAAGCCAUUUUAUUUGGUGAAAGAUUGGUAUGCAGCAGGAUUUGCCAGGAUGACUCUGUGUUGUUGCCUAUAAUUAAGGUUUUGUGUAAGCAUAAAAAAGCCUUGCUCGCACAUCAUGUAUUUAUGAAGUUUACCAAGGAACUGGGAGUUAAUCCAACUCUUGAAGCAUACAACUGUUUGAUUGAUGGGCUUCUUCAAAUCCACAAUGCUGAAAUGGCUUGGGAUCUUUUCAAGGAGAUGAAGAAUGCUGGUUGUGCUCCAGAUGUUUUCACCUACAACUUGUUACUUGAUACUCAUGGGAAGUCUAGGAAGAUCAAUGAACUUUUUGAACUGUAUGAAGAGAUGCUUUGUAGUGGAUGCAAACCCAACAUCAUAACUCACAACAUAGUUAUUGCCAAUCUUGUGAAAUCUAAUAGCUUGGACAAGGCUUUGGAUUUAUAUUAUGAUAUUGUUAGCGGCGAUUUCUCUCCCACCCCUUGUACCUAUGGUCCUCUUUUAGAUGGACUUCUCAAGUCAGGUAGACUGGAGAAAGCAAAAGAGUUGUUUGAGGAAAUGGAAGACUAUGGAUGCAGGCCUAAUACUGCUAUCUACAAUAUCCUUAUAAAUGGAUACGGAAAAACUGGUGAUGUGGAUGCUGCUUGUGAACUGUUUAAAAGGAUGGUUAGAGAAGGAAUAAGACCAGACUUGAAGUCUUACACUAGUCUUGUUGGUUGCCUAUGUACGGUGGGGAGAGUAGAUGAUGCUUUACAUUACUUUGAGGAUCUAAAGCAAACUGGGUUAGAUCUUGAUUCAGUUGCUUAUAACCUCAUGAUUGAUGGGCUUGGAAGAUCACAUAGGCUAGAAGAAGCUCUCUUUCUUUUUGGUGAAAUGCAGAGUAGAGGUAUCAGCCCUGACCUUUUCACUUACAAUUCCUUAAUAUUCAAUCUUGGGAUUGUUGGGAUGGUCGAGCAAGCCGGAAAGCUAUAUGGAGAGCUACAAUAUAUGGGUCUUCAACCUAAUGUGUUCACCUACAAUGCUCUCAUUCGUGGAUACAGCAUGUCAGGUAAUUCUGAUCUUGCUUAUGCAGUCUACAAGAGGAUGAUGGUUGGGGGCUGCAAUCCUAACACGGGUACAUUUGCUCAGUUACCUAAUCAAUCCUGACACUAUGGUGAUACUGAUCUAGUUACUAAUUAUAAUUAUGUAUAGAUUCCCCUGCUUGAUAUUAGCAAUGUAUAGAAAAAUAUGAAGUGUUUAUAAGUGUUGGCGAACCAAACCAAUCUCAUGAGCCCAUGAUUUCAAUAUAGAGUUUCGAACUUCGAUUAUUAGAAGAGGGCUCUUAAUUUUUUUAUUGUUUACUGGUUGCUUUUCACUUCUAUGAAGGCCUAGGUAUGUACAGGAUGAAUUAGCAGUUUACUAGUGAUGAUCAUUCCUGAAGAUCUAGUGUAGGAUUGGUGGCAAUCCUAUUCUUGUUUCCUUCAUUA